AUGAGAAGAAGCCCGUCCAGAUCGAAUAAUAACUUUGCAGUACCGAAUUGCUCAACUAAUUCUAACUCUAGUCAGCAACAAUUAACUACACCUUCAGAUGACCUCAACAGUAACGAACCUAAUGACCCCGAUGAUAGUAGGUCUCUACCUACUAUCAAGAAAUUCAAUAAUAAACAUUCUAUAAACAAUUACAAUAACACUUUAGCAUCAGCUGCAAAAAACAAUAACAAUAAACGGGCAAGCAAUGAUAAUAUGCCUGUUUCCGGCGAAAAUGCUCAUAAACAGAAAAUAUACACCAAAGAUGAGAACUUAAAGAGCUUGUACUUAGAUAUCGAUGUUUCAGUGGCUGAGGCCCUGUCUUCAUCAACAGCAGCUCCGAAAUUGAUCAAUACCGCAAGAACAUCCUCUACCACCACUGCCACUACUUCAAAUAACAUCUUGACAUCCCCCUCUUAUCGUGAGUCAAAUUAUUCUUCCCCAUCCUCAUAUUCGUUUUCUUCUUACUACUCGUCCGCUACAUCUGCUUCUUCGUCAACAUCCUCAUUUUUGAAAUCGUCGGGGCUGUCAUCCAGAGUUAAAUCACCACCGUCUUCCGCAAGAGCAGGUUCUUUCGGUAUUCCUUCGUCUCCAACGUCUGGGGUACCUAAUACUAAAAGUGGCAAGAAACCUAUAUUUUUGAGACGAUAUUCUCAUGAUACCUCUUCAAGCGAAGGUCUUGAUAUCGACAUUGCCAUUGAAAAACUCAUCCAGGCGGGUGAAUCAAGAGACAUUACGAAGAAUCCCAAGAAAAGGAGCUUUCCGUUCCAUUCUUGGGAAAUUCAACUUAUUUGUUAUCGUGCAAGAGAAAUAUUUUUGAAUCAACCUACUUUAUUACGGUUGCAAGCGCCUAUUAAAAUUGUUGGUGACGUUCAUGGACAAUUCAAUGACCUCUUGAGGAUUUUGAAAUUGUCUGGUGUGCCAUCUGAGACUAACUACUUGUUUUUGGGUGAUUAUGUUGACCGUGGUAAAAAUUCAUUGGAAACCAUACUAUUGUUACUAUGCUAUAAGAUUAAGUAUAGGGACAAUUUCUUUAUGCUGAGGGGAAACCAUGAAUCUGCUAAUGUUACAAAGAUGUACGGUUUUUAUGAUGAAUGUAAAAGGCGAUUGAGUUCAAAAGUAUGGAAAAUGUUCGUCGAUGUAUUCAACACUUUGCCAUUAGCUGCUAUUAUUCAAGAUAAGAUCUUUUGCGUCCAUGGAGGUAUUUCGCCUGAUUUACACAAUAUGAAACAGGUCGAGAAAAUUGCAAGACCAACGGAUAUUCCGGAAAGCGGAUUAGUUACCGAUCUAUUGUGGAGUGAUCCAGAUCCUCAGGUCCCUGAUUGGUCGGAAAAUGACCGUGGUGUUUCAUACACAUUUUCAAAAAGAAAUGUCCUUGAUUUCUGUGCAAAAUUUAAGUUUGAUUUAAUAAUCAGGGGGCAUAUGGUCGUGGAGGAUGGCUAUGAGUUUUUUGCCAGAAAAAAACUUGUCACAAUCUUCUCAGCACCCAAUUACUGUGGGGAAUUUCAAAACUGGGGAGCAGUGAUGAGCGUCACGACAGGUAUGAUGUGUAGCUUUGAACUGUUAAAGCCGCGCGCACUAAAGAAUAAAAAAAAUUUAAAUAAAAAGAGAGCGUAA